UUCCAAAGAUUAAAUUAGGAGAAAAGGAAAAUUGGAAAAUAGGAACAUUUCGCAAACAAAAAAAAAAAUGACACAAUUUGACCUCCAACCCGGUACCUUGUAGCGGUCGACCCGACGGGUGCGUACAACUCGCUUUUCUCACUUGGUCAGAAUCAAAGUGGAUCGACCCACGAGUUGACAAUCUAGGUAAAUCCUAAUUAAAAGAGCGGGUUCUUUCCUGACAUAACUAACAUGUCUUUAAACAUGAGUGACACUUACUUUUUUAAUCGCCUAGACAACUCUUUUGGAACUAGCACUACAAUUGGAGAAUAGGUACAAUUGACUUCACCCGUACUGUUUCAACCUAAUAUUCGUAUUAUCCAUCCACGAGUGCAUGAAGUAGUGGAUUUAGGACUAGGAAGUAGGAAAGAUGUUAAAAAACUAAAAUGAAAGGGGAAGGAUGGGUCGGGCUGUCUGAACUCUCAACCCUAAUUCGAUUUGUCCAUCUUGUCUUCGUGGAGACGAAGGAGGUGCCGCUUCCAGUCCAAAUCCCAGCGCCGCUCCUCGUCUCCAUCGCCAUCUUCCCCAGCGCUUCCCCGUCUCCAUCGUCGUCUUCCCCAGCGCCAGUCCAAUUUGCCGUCUUCGUCGCCAGUCCAAAAUCCAAAUCGCCAUCUUCCCCAGCGUUGUUCCCUGUCGCCAUUGCCCUCCGAUUUGGGCGAGCCCCUGCUGGCGAGUGCCCCAGUGAGGUAUCCCUUCCCUUCCCCGGACACUGCUGCCUCUCCUCUGCACCGACCCCUGCUGCCCUCCCCUGCACCGAUAAUUGUUUGUGACUGUGUUGCUGCUGUGAGCAAAUUUUUUUUUUUUGGCAUUAGGGUAGCAUGCCGAGCUGAGCAAUUGUUUGAGAGAUGGUUUAUGUUGCUGCUGUCCCAUUUAAAAUUUGUAAUGGUUUAUGCUUCUGCCGUGAGCUUUUCCUUGUCCCAUUUAGCAAAUUUUUUUUUACUUGUUAGAUUUACAAUUGGACAUUUGCUAGUGAUUUACUUGUUUAAAAGAGUAAUUUACUUGUGAUUUACCAUGAUUAAGAAGUAUCCACCAUUUAUACAGAUGACUGUUUAUUAGGUAUCGGUUCUCAAACGGUUUUUAAACAGUCUAAUGCCGGCUGUACCACUAAAGACCGAGUCGUUCACGUUUUCGGGUCAUACUCCGGUUCGGUUCUGACAACAUUGGUAAAUACUCAUAUCAUACCCAAACCCAUCUAUAAACUUCCAAACUCAUAUGUACGUCACUCAUACUCUACCCAUAAUCAAAGGGUCUACUUGGGUUUAGGUACAUAUCAUUUAUUAGUCAAAAUUUUCAAUUUUUUUAAAUAAGAUGUUGACCGCAAUUAUUGUCGAAUCAAUGUUACUAACAAAAACUGCUAACAGAAAAUUAAUUUUAGGCUAAUAAUACUAAAAAAUACUAUAAUGGGCCACAUAAUACAUGGCCAUAGCUCAUAGACCAUCUCCGUCCUGCGACAAGGCGCGGCAUCGCCACCUAGUAUCAUUUAAACUAGACUUCAUAUAUUCCCACAUAUAUUCAUAUUUUUUGAAUCUUUCGUGUCAAAGUGACCAGACUCACAAUUAUAUGUACCAUAACAAUCUCAUAAAGAUAAAUGAAUAUUACAAAAUGACGAGGUCAUACCAACUUGUCAGCAAAUGGUUGCGUAUUUGCAUUAUCAUUAAAAAGUACUAUGUGGCAACACCCCUCGCCACUAAUUAAGGUGACGACAUGUCAAUCACUACGAGCACUAUAUUGCCUUGUUAUUUAAGCUAUCUACACUAUCUGAUUUGCCAAGUACUAAGAGCCAGAAAAUAAGAAGAGAUUACAAUUGUAAGUAAACUGCAACUUCAUCUUCACUACCAUGAGUAGCCAACUCAUCUUUGAUCUGUUUGAGGACUCCUUCAACACUAGGAGCUUUUCCUCCAAAUCUUGUUGUGCAACGUAUCUUCCACAUAUUGCUGAUCAUUGAUUGCCAUAAAAGUCUCCCUGCUUUUGAAUGACUGACAAAACUAGAAAAAGAACUUUUGCCCACUUCACCUCCUCAGACCAAAGAUCAGCAGAUUGUCUUAGUGUGAAUUUAGAGAGCAAAGUAGAGAAAAGAGCCUUGUAUCUAUUACAUUCUUCAAAAAAGAUGGCUAUGAGUCUGUAGGGGUAGUACACACAUGUUGUGAUCCGCUAAAAACCCCCAACUAAUCAUUUUAUCACUAGUUGAUAUGAAUCCCUUUAUAAUAAACCACCUAAGGAAUUAAUUUCUGGGGAUUUUUGCGGUCUUCCAGACCAGAUUAUAGCAACUCACUCUUGCUCCUUUUGGCACGAAGUCUGGAUUCUGCUGGAGAAGAAGAAAAAAAAAAUCAGCAAUGAAUUAAAUGUGUUAGUUGGGUAGUUGUAUGAUUAUGGAUUUAAAAAAAAAAAAAACAAGAACCACAUGUUUGAGUCGGUUGUGGGAGAGUGUUCAGGAGAAUGAAGCCUAUAAAUAGGCUUGUCCAUGUAAGUUUGAAAAGCAGAGCAAAAAGAGCAAAGAAGCCUCUUAAUAAAGACAAGUGAAAUUC